AACCACCUACACCAUGCCUCGCGCCCCUUUACGAUCUACUAGUUCUAAUAGAACUAAUAGAAAGGAAUUAGAACCUUUCAAACGGGGAAUUAUAGUUGGCCGAUUCCUUGCAGGCCAGAAAAAGGCCGAUAUUCAGUGCGAAAUGAAUUUACUUUCUCCUCGCAUUGGACGGCCAGAUAUCCUUUCUGAUGCUGGUAAGCAAUAUAUUCUUUUACAAAUCAAGCGGGAUCCCUUUAUCAGAACUGAAGAUAUCUGCAAAUUACUUGGGAUGCCCAUUUCUACACGCACUGUUGCACGCAUGUUAAAAGAAUCUGGGUAUGGCCACUGGAGAGCACAAAAAAGACCUCAGUUAACUGAGGAAAUAGCUAAACUACGCUAUGAAUGGGCAUACAUGCGCAAGGAUUGGACAUAUGAGCAGUGGAGCAAGAUCAUAUAGAGUGAUGAAUGCUCUGUUGAGCUUGGCAAAGGGAAGAAUAAUCAAUGGGUAUGGCGGCUCAACCACUUCAAUGAAAA